UAAAGGAAUACCCUUCCUUCUCUUUAAAAAGCAGGGUCCCUUCCACCAUAAUCUUCACGUUCUAACUUCUAACUUUUCUUCCCCUCUCAUCUAAUUCUUAUCAUACCAACUUUUCUUUUCUUUUCUAAUUUCAUAUCUAACUAUUAUACUUAUAUUUUCUUAUCAUAGUUUUUAUGUAUAUGUUUUAUUUUUCUUCUAUCUAACUAAUAUUUAUAUAAACCAAUUUCCAGGCCACUGAUCUGUUUAUUUUUUAAAGAUCACCACCGCCAAUAGCCUGUUUUAAUUUUGCUUUUUUUUUUUUCUUUCAAUUUCAUUCUCAAUGGAACAAUCCAUUGCUACAACAAAUAAGCAAAUGAAAAUCAAAACUCCAAAGAAAAACAAACGAGGUGGUGGCAAUAGUAAUUUCAUUUCUAACACCUAUGCAGGUCUUUUGAAUCUUCCUCAACAGCAACAACAGCAACCACCGCUGUUACCUCUUCCACAUGUUUCUACCAUUCUUCAUCACAAACCUUUGCUUCCACGAAGCCUUAACGCGCAAACCUUGUCUCCGUCACCGAAGAAAUCGAAACCAAAAAAGAAAGAACAAUCAAAGAAGAGAUCGGGAACUGUACCGGAGAUUCUUAUGGUUAAUCCAUGGGGACCUGACCCGAAAGAUCUACCUAAAAAUCUACCUGUUGUUAUUGGAGUUGGAAACAUGGACGUUUUUUCAGAGUCCGUUUUCAGUCUAGCUCCACCACCAAGUAGCUUGCCGUUGCCGAAGUUUUUUAUGAGAUCGAAACUCGGCUGCAACACAGAAGCUGCUGUGGCAGCGGGUGGUUUUGUUGACGACGGAGCAACAAAUAAUCUCCGGCGUCUUCUACGUCUCCGGUGAAGGUGUUCGCUUCUUUUCGUGACAUGUUAUUAUUAUGUAAAUAAAAUAAUCAGCGAAGGUAAUUUUGCUGAUUUUGUUUUGUAUUUGUUUUUGUCUUUUUGUUUGUUAUUGUAGCUUGAAUCUAUGUGACCACCGCCUAUGUUGUUUUUAAAUUAGGGGUGCACAAGAAUGAUGUGUGCUUGUUGAUUAUGCACCAUCACUAGAUCCAUAUGUAGUUGAACUAGAACUAUGUGUAAUUUUUCUUCUUAUUUUAUGGAGUAAUAAACUUUAAUUCCUUAAGCA